AUGUCGGAAACAGGCGUGAAAUUUACGAUAGGUGACCCACUCAAGGAUACAGAUGAAUAUUUCGAACCACCUGCUCCUCUGCUUGCAGGGGCACACGUUUCUGGUAUGAAAUCGUAUCAAGAAAUGUACGAAGAAUCUAUUAAUGACAGCGACAAAUUUUGGAAAACUGUUGCUGAACAACUUUAUUUUGAACGAAAGUCUAGCAAGGGUUUGGAAUGGAACUUUGAUCCACGUGAAGGAAAAGUCUUUGUUCGGUUUAUGGAAGGCGCAAAAACAAAUAUUGCUUACAACUGUCUGGAACGUAACAUCAGCCAUGGUUACGGCUCGCAGACGGCUUUUAUUUGGGAAGGUAACGAACCGGGCGACAGUUACUCAAUUACAUUUCAAGAUUUACUAGAUAAAGUUGUUAUAUUCUCGGCUGUACUUAGGAAACAUGGUGUUCGAAAGGGUGAUGUUGUGGCAAUCUACCUGCCGAUGAUCUUGGAACUUCCAAUUGCAAUGUUGGCCUGCGCAAGGAUAGGUGCUGUUCACUCAGUAAUUUUUGCUGGCUAUGGUGCAAACGCUUUAGCAACCCGAGUUUCUCAGGCAAAGGCUUGCUUAAUUGUUACCUGCGAUGUAUAUUUUCGUGGAAGCAAAAUGAUUUCCAGUAAAGCAAUAGUGAAUCAAGCGCUGGAUAUGUUUUCGCCGCAGGUGGUCUAUAAAGCCAACAGAGAUUUUAUUUGGAACGAUGAAAUGAACGAAUGCAGUAAUAUGGAAUCCGCAGUUGAGUGGUGUGAAUCGGAAGACCCACUUUUUGUCUUGUAUACCUCCGGAUCAACUGGAAAGCCAAAAGGUCUUGUGCAUGCUACUGCCGGUUACAUGGUAUAUACGUACGCAACCACCAAAUAUGUGUUUGACGCUCGUAAUGCAGAUGUAUUCUGGUGCACAGCCGACUGCGGGUGGAUAACAGGACAUUCAUUCGUCGUUUAUGGAACCCUGCUAAACGGUAUGACUUCUGUAAUUUUUGAAGGGAUUCCAACGUAUCCAAGUGCGUCCCGUUUAUGGGAAGUUGUCGAAAAAUACAAGGUUAACACCUUAUAUACGUCGCCGACUGUAAUUCGUUUACUAAUGGGUAAAGGUGAAGGGCCGUUACGCCAAAACGACAAGUCCUCACUCCGCAUUCUUGCUUCAGCGGGUGAACCCAUUGAUCCAAAGGCAUGGAAAUGGUUUUACACCGAGGUGGGAGGAAACUGUUGCGCAGUAUUGGACACGUACUGGCAGACAGAAGCCGGAGGACCAAUGAUUACUCCAAUUCCUGGAGCAACGGUUUGCAAACCUGGAAGCGCAACUUUACCGUUUUUUGGAAUAAAAGUGGCUCUGCUUGACAAAAACGGUGUUGAGAUUAGAGGUCCUGGAGAAGGAAACUUGUGUUUUAAAGCGCCCUGGCCUUCGCUAUGCCGUACAGUGUUGGGAGAUAGCUUACGUUAUGAAUCUACGUACUUUGCACCAUACCCUGGUUACUUCUUCACGGGUGACGGAGCAAGACGUGAUGAGGAUGGGUACAUUUGGAUAACAGGCAGAGUUGACGACUUAAUAAAUGUUUCGGGACACCUGCUGUCCACAGCCGAAAUAGAGUCUGCGUUAGCUCUAGAUGAUGAUGUGGUUGAAGUCGCUGUAGUCGCUGCCCCACAUGACAUCAAGGGAAGUUUCCCGUAUGCCUUUGUCCGACUACGAGAUGGCAAAAGACUCACCGAAGAGAAAGUUGUCGCGCUGAAGACUCUUGUGCGCAAAAAAAUAAGUCCAAUCGCUGUUCCAGAUGUUAUUCAAAGUGUACCUGGGCUACCAAAAACACGCUCUGGUAAAACUCCACGCAGAAUUUUACGUAAAGUUGCCGAAGGAGAUGUAGGUGCAGAUCUAGGAGAUACUUCAACAUUAAUAAAUCCGAAAAUUAUUCGUUCGCUGUGGGACUCACGCAGAAGCUGCAAAUCUGGUUGA